AUGGAGACUUCCCAACUCCGCUUCAUGACAUCGAACCAAAUUCACUUCUCCAAGGACAACCCCUCAUCUAAAUAUCUUUCAUUUCAUUUAUUCACUCACCUCCCUCCAGAAAUCAAGCUUAAGGUAUGGGAACUGUCGCUUCCUUGCAGGCGGCGGCUCUUCACUCUAUGCCUCAAUCAUGAAGCCAAAAAUGACGCAGGAGUCGUCCAUGGCUAUAAGGUAUCGAUAGAGCAGCCACCACGCCCUAUUCCGCAAUCAAGUGUGUGCGUUGAGUCUAGAAAAGUUGUCCGUCAAUUCUUUCGGCUUUCUCUGCUCGUCAUCGCCGAUAACGACAGGCCUUUGACAGUUUGGAUCAAUCCCGAGAGUGAUCACCUCUUCCUGCGCAAGUUCGAUGUGGAUAUUACAACCUUUGCCAACUUCAUCAUUGACAUCAAGAGUUCAGAUCCUCAAAGAAAAGGCAUUCUUCAUAUAGCUUUUGACAGCUUAUGCAGGACAUCGGUUCCAUCACUCAAAGCAUUAAGCGCGGACCUUGCCAAUGAUGUCCCACAAGAAACCAUCGCAGCCCUCAGUGAAUGGGUUCUAGGACUGAAAUCGAUAUGGUUCAUUCACCUUUUAUCCUCCGAGUCUCGCCUAGGUGCUGGACCAAUUUCCGGAACUGGGAACUCCACAAUCAAGGGCCUGAAUCGCAGCAUGCCCCUCUUCCCGCACGCCGUUGAGUUCGAUCUCUUUGAGGAAGACAUACGCCCCUAUCAGUCAAGCCUCAAGUCACAUACUGUCUUCUACAACCCCAACGCGGCGGUGAAGGCCUGGGAGGCGAUGGAAAAUGAGCUGGGCAUCCGCAGCGACGCAAGGCCGCAUCCCGCGCGUCAAAUCUCCCACAUCCUCGCCGUGACAGCAAGACAAGGAUACCUUCGCCCAGCUUCUGCCGAGGUCAGGAGUGCUAGAAGCAUGGACGACUACUUGCAGUUGGAGCAAGAGAGGACAAAGGAUUUCUUCACCCGCGGUGGAGGUACCUUCUUUCCACAGUGGCGGGAGACUGAAGAGCAAAAAAGAAAUCUCUUGUCCGCGGCUGGCUUUUGGGUAUUUCCCUACGGGACCUUUGAUACUCUAGAAGAGAAAUUGGUAGGAAAGGCAUGCCAAGAUUUGAGUGAUCAGCGUCCUGGGCUAGGAUUGUUCGAGCUUUAA